AUGGUCCACUUCGCUACCCUGGUCAUCGCGCUCUGCGCCUUCUUCGCCUUCGUGGCUGCUUCGCCCGUGGCGAACCUCGAGACGCGCACCACCAACACCGGCACGGGUACGUGGUACGAGGUCGGGCUGGGUGCUUGCGGGUCCACCGACGCCGACUCGGACUACGUCGUCGCGAUCUCGCACGACAUCUACGGGAGCGGCGACAACUGCAACCAGUAUAUGCGCAUCGAGAACACUGCCAACGGCCAGGUCGCGUACGGCCAGACUCGUGAUAAGUGUAUGGGCUGCGAGUCGACUGCCAUCGACAUGAGCCCGUCGCUGUUCCAGGCCCUCGGUGCCUCCCUGGACGACGGUACCGUGACUGUCUCAUGGAACUUCAUGUCCAAGGACUACAGCCCGUGA